AUGCUUCCCUCCCUUCCCCCCCUAAUUCCCCUCCUUUCCCCCCCUGCUUCCCCUCCUUUUCUCCACUGCCUCCCCUCCUUUCCCCCCUGCUUCCCCUCCAUUCCCCCCUGCCUCCCCUCCUUUCCCCCCUGCCUCCCCUCCUUUCCCCCCUGCCUCCCCUCCUUUCCCCCCUGCCUCCCCUCCUUUGCCCCCCUGCUUCCCCUCCUUUGCCCCCUUGCUUCCCCUCCUUUCCCUCUCUGCUCCCCCUCCUUUCCUCCCUUGCUUCCCCUCCUUUCCCUCUCUGCUCCCCCUCCUUUCCUCCCUUGCUUCCCCUCCGUUCCCCCCUUGCUUCCCCUCCUUUCCGCCCCUUGCUUCCCCUCCUCUCCCCCCCUCCUUCCCUUCCUUUGCCCCCUUGCUUCCCCUCCUCUCCCCCCCUCCUUCCCUUCCUUUGCCCCCUUGCUUCCCCUCCUUUCCCUCCCUGCUCCCCCUCCUUUCCCCCCUUGCUUCCCCUCUUUUCCCCCCCUGCUCCCCCUCCUUUCCCCCCUUUCUCCCAUGCUAACCCCCUCCCCUUGCUUCUCCCAUGCUAACCCCCUGUUCCCUCCCUCGUCCAAUCUCCUCACUUGCACCCUUCCUCUCUUCCGCACUUCCCCCUUUCCUCUCUGUCCCGCCUUUCCUCCCUUGCUUCCCCUCAUUUCCUCCCGUGCUUCCCCUCAUUUCCUCCCAUGCUUCCCCUCAUUUCCUCCCGUGCUUCCCCUCAUUUCCUCCCGUGCUUCCCCUCAUUUCCUCCCGUGCUUCCCCUCAUUUCCUCCCUUGCUUCCCCUCAUUUCCUCCCGUGCUUCCCCUCAUUUCCUCCCGUGCUUCCCCUCAUUUCCUCCCGUGCUUCCCCUCAUUUCCCUCCCUGCUUCCCCUCAUUUCCCCCCCUGCUUCCCCUCAUUUCCCCCACUGCUGCCCCGCAUGUCCCUCCCUGCUUCUCAUCAUGUCCCUCCCUGCUUCUCAUCAUGUCCCUCCCUGCUUCUCAUCAUGUCCCUCCCUGCUUCUCAUCAUUUCCUUCCCUGCUCUCCCAUAUCUCCCAUAUCUCCCCUGUUUGACCUUUUUCUUGUUCCCCCUCCCAGUCCCUCGUAUUGUCCCCCUCUCCCUCGCUGUUGCAGUGACUACACUGAAGAUUUUUCUGAUACUGCAACUCGCCUCAGCCCAUCAUCCCAUGCCAUGCUCGUAGAGAAACCAGGGAUACAAGCAAGCGCACACGAUGAAAUCAUGUAUGGGGAAACAGUGAUGGAUGGGUGCACAUGCAUGGGAACUAGAGGGCGGAAAGUGAGAAAUGAGGGGGAAGGGGAGGGCAUGAAAAGGAAGGAAGGGUUGAGAAGGGAUGGGGAAGGGAAGGGUAGGGCAGGGAGGGAAAGGCAGGGAUUGGGAGGGCAGGUGGGAAAAGGGCAGAGGGUGGGGGGAAGGAGGGCUGAGGGUGGUGGGAAGGAGAGUGAGAGUGCGAGAGGAUGGAAAGAGAGUGCGAAAGGACUGAGAGAAAGAAGGGGAUGGGGGGAAGCAGGGAAGGGGAUGGGGGGAAGUAGGGAAGGGGAUGGGGGGAAGCAGGGAAGGGGAUGGGGGGAAGCAGAGAAGGGGAUGGGGGGAAGCAGGGAAGGGGAUGGGGGGAAGCAGGGAAGGGGAUGGGGGGAAGCAGGGAAGGGGAUAGGGGGAAGCAGGGAAGGGGACUAUGCCAUCUCAUCCCAUGCUCCAUCCCUCCAUCGCACACAAUCCCUCCAUCUCACACCAUCACCCAAUUUCAAAUCACCCCCCCGUCUCACACAAUCCAUCCAACCCCCUCCCAUCCAACACCAUAUUUCAAACCCCCUCUGUCCAUCCCUCUCUCUCCCUCCUCCUCUCUCCCUCCCCCUCUCUCCCUCCCCCUCUCUCCCUCCUCCUCUCCCCCUCCCCCUCGUUCCCUCCCCAACUGUCUCCUCUGUCCCUCCCCCUCUGUCCCUCCCCCUCUCUCCCUCCCCCUCUCCCCCUCCCCCUCUCACCCUCCUCCUCUGUCCCGUGUAUGUGGGGGGGAGGAGGGCGGGUAUGUGGGGGGGAGGAGGGCGGGUAUGUGGGGGGGCGGAGGGCGGGUAUGUGGGGGGGCGGAGGACGGGUAUGUGGGGGGGAGGAGGGCGGGUAUGUGGGGGGGCGGAGGGCGGGUAUGUGGGGGGGCGGAGGAGGGGUAUGUGGGGGGGAGGAGGGCGGGUAUGUGGGGGGGAGGAGGACGGGUAUGUGGGGGGGAGGAGGGCGGGUAUGUGGGGGGGAGGAGGGCGGGUAUGUGGGGGGGAGGAGGGCGGGUAUGAGGAGGAACACGGGGGCGUGUGGUGUUGGGCGAAGGCGGGUGGUGCGGGGGGAGGAAGGUCGGUGCUGUGCGUGGGGGAAGGCAGGUGGUGUGGGGAGAAGAAGAUGGGUGGUGUAUGUGGGGGGGAAGGCGUGUGGUGCGUGGUGCCGGGGGAGCAGCCAUGGGCGCGGGCUCUCAGGGACGGGGGGAGGGAGGGGAGGGGGAACUGGGGGAGAGGGGAGGGGGGAAGCGGAGCGGAGGAGGGCAGUGGGGCGGAGCAGAGGGGCAGAGAGGAGGGGGACGCUGAAGCUAUGUCGCAGCCACCAACCGAGCCGACAUCCUCGACCCCGCUCUCAUGUGCUCGGGGCGGCUCGUGCCUUGAUGCCACUCUCCUCCCUCUCGGCCCACCACCCCCUUCACCCCCAUUCUCCCCGUUUCUCCACCAGGUGGUGGGAGCCACGAACAGAGCUGACAUCUUGGACCCGGCUCUCAUGCGUUGGGGUGGCUCGUACCCGGCUCUCAUGCGUUGGGGUGGCUCGUACCCGGCUCUCAUGCGCUGGGGUGGCUCGUACCCGGCUCUCGUGCGCUGGGGUUGGCUGGACAGGAAGAUUGAUGAAGAGAGUGGGGACCGUGAGGUGCAGCGAACGAUGCUGGAGCUGCUGAGUCAGCUGGAUGGCUUCAGUAGUGACGACAGAAUCAAGGUGGUGGCAGCCACCAACCGAGCUGACAUCCUGGAUCCGACUCUCAUGCGCCCGGAGCGACACGGGCUCAUUCACCCCCAUUCAAACCCCUGUCACACCGUGUCUCACCAGGUGGUGGCAGCCACGAACCGAGCUGACAUCCUGGACCCCGCUCUCAUGCGCUCGGGGCGGCUGGGCAGGAAGAUUGAGUUCCCACACCCCACUGAGGAGGCACGGGCUCGCAUCCUGCAGGUGAGGUGA